GUGGAACCGGAUGAACCGGUGUUUCGGAUUAACUGGUGACCAACUUCAUUUAGCGUCUGUCGCAACUGCAGAAGUUGAAAUCAAAAUUACAAAAGGUGCAGCAAUUUUAAAUGUUAUUAUAAAUUCGCUUUAAUGCAGUUUUUCAGAACACAACUCUGUUGGAUUUUCAACUUCUACUGUUACAAGCGGCAACAACAACGGAAACUGGAGGAAAUUGGUCACCAGUGAACAGGGAUGUCAGGUCCUCCGAAACACCGCCCCAAGAGCAGCAGUGGACAGAUGGCGAAAGUGGAGCUGACGCCGCUCAGGUCGUGGGAUGACUUCUUCCCCGGAUCGGAGAGAUUCGGCAAACCAGACGUGAAGGACCCGGCCAAGUGGGGAAACCGGGUCGUCAGCAACCUUCUGUACUACCAGACGAACUACCUGGCCCUGGCCGUGGCCGUGUUCCUCAUCGUGGGGUUCCUGAACCCCCUGGGGAUGUUCACGGCCAUAGCCGUGGUGUCGGCGGUCUUCCUGGGCUCGGUGUGGGCCGGGGACAACCGGGCCGCCAUCAGCAACUUCAAGAGGCAGAACCCCACGGCGUUCGUGGGCGUCGUCAUGGUUUCCAGCUGCCUCCUGAUCUCCAUGCUGGGCAGCGUCAUGGUGUUCAUGUGGGCCGUCACCCUGCCUCUGGCCCUGAUUUUCGCUCACGCCUCUUUUCGACUCCGCAACAUGAAGAACAAGCUGGAGAACAAGAUCGAAUGCGCCGGGCUGAAGCGGUCCCCCAUGGGCAUCCUGCUGGAGGCCCUGGACCAGCAGGAGGACAACUUCCAGAAGAUCCAGAGCUUCGUGGAGGGAAAGCUGAAGGAGUGACCGGACGUGUGUGUGUGUGUGUGUGUUCCCUUCAGUUCAUUCACUCCUUCAGUGUGUGUGAUUCUGUCCAAAGAGCAAAAGUUGGCUCCUCCUCACAUAAGAAAUCUGUCUUCAAUCGGCCGUUUACCCUCAAAACUGUGAAAAGCGCUCCCUCCCUCCCUCCACCCCUCCACGAGAGACUCCAAAGAGCUGAAUUGUUUCAAGAUUUUUGAUUUUUUUUCUCUGUAAAUAAUGUUUUUUUUUCCAGUAAUCUCUUGACCUGUGUACAGGGAAGCCAACAGAACUUUUUUUCUGGUGCAAAUAAAAAAAAGAGAUGCUGCUGCUGC